UAUACAUGAAAUUAAUAUAUAAAUGUCUGUGAGUGUAACACAUCGCGUUUCACAUAAUAGGCUGUUCUUGAUAAAAGAAAAAAACAGUUUACAUUUGUACACUGUACCACAAAUAUAUUAACUAUCAAAACAUAAUUUCGAUUAUAAUAUAAUAAUAAUUUGCACAAAUAUUUUGAAAAAAAAUAUGAAUUCAAUAAUCGUUCCCGACAGUUUACCGGAGAUAUUAAAAAAAUACGUGAAAGCUGCGAUCCGAUCUCAGCCUGAAGAUAUAGUUAAUUGGUCUGCGGAGUAUUUCAAAAGUGCAGACAGUCAAUACGUUUCAUUGACUACAAAAAAAAGUAUUAACACUAAACAAACACAACAUCGAACUCUAUUCAGAAUAUUAGCUUUUCAACUAGGUACCACUAUAGGUACUAAAGAAAGAAUAGAAGAAGUGUGGUCGGACUUAUCGCUCGAUUUCAAUCUAUUAGAACAAAUUUAUACGAUUGGAGAUUUUCGUGCGGAACAAGUGGACAUGGUAGAAUUUUUGGGUAUAACUUUUGGACAUUGGACAAAAUCGCUAAAAGAAACCGUAUUAUUGUGCUGCGAAGCAUUCUGCAAGUGUUUGGCCGCCAACGGUUAUUUCAUGCACGUGGACGUCACCUGCAAGCUCUACGGAUACCUCGCGAAGUUGGAUUGUUCACUUCCGGACGACGUUUACACAGGCGGCGACAAACCUGCAGUGGUCCAAACCAGCAAGUCUUUGGACGUGUCUCCAGCACCGCCAACCGAAGUUAACCAGUUGAAGCAAAGUGACGUUUGUGUAUCACUCGAAUCGAUUUUAUCCCGUCGUCUAGCAGCAACUACAACAACAGACGGUAGACUGAAGACCGGAUACCACGUACCGGGUAUCGGGCCGACCGUAACCGACGAUCAGGUGCAAAAGGUGUUCGUAUAUUUCAGAAAAUGCGCUGCUGACAACAGCGGUUACGUGUACGAUUUCGACAUUGAGAACGAUCGUUGCCCUCAGUUGGACGCUAUUAAUAAUAAUUAAACCACGACCUAAUUGUCGUAACUGCUAUACAUUUAGUAAUUUCGUUACGUAACGUCGUUAUAUUUAGCGAAUAACCCGCUACCAGCUCGUGUCAUCGGUCUUAGCGAGGGUUUCGGAUUCAAAUAUAAACGUGGCCGGUGCGCACUUAUUUAGCAUCACUUACGCCGUAGCAAUACGCAAAAUGCUUAUUAUAUUAGUUAAGUAUACAAAAUAAAAAAUUGCCUAAAUUGUAUACAAAUAAGUCAUGUAAGAUAUAAAAAUCUAAACAAACUAAAAAUAGACCAUAAAGCUUCAAGACUAUUUAAUAACAAAAAUGAUUAUGUAUACCUACUCGUUCAUAAUAUAAAGAUAUUACCUUAUA